CCCAUGGAACCAGGACAAACAACGUAGAUAUCCGAGCGCGGCCGAGCGCUCAUUUCCGUUUUCGAAUCCGACGUCACCUACUCUCAAAGCCCGUGUGUUUUGUGUUUCUUUGGGGCCACGAUGAUUAUCGCUAAUUUAACGAAAACUGGUCACGAAACCGCGCGAAUUCCUUGCGUAAGUUUUGCACAACGAACGAAGACUCUCGCCAUGCCGGUCUAUAAAGCCCCUCUUUCUCGAGCACGUUCAAUUAAGCGAGAAAUGAUGGUGAAAAUCAUAGCUGGCUAUCGUUUGUUAGUGUCGCAACGAUCGUCUUGGACCAAAUCGAUCGACUUAACCGGGGAAAGAAAACUGGACGAGACGGAUGGUCACAUAUAAACAAAAUAAAUGGCGUCGGCAUACUUGUAUUCCUGAAUAUGACAAAUUUUUACUUCUCGAGUGUUUUCCUUGAUUAAGGGCCACGAUCUUGAUAUUCCUUUUCUCGAAUCGGAAUAAAAUUUAAUGUUGAAAUUAUUGAAACUCAAAUUAGAUUUCUUCGUAUCUUAAAAAUAUCCAAAAUCGAAAGAUAAAAAAAUUAUUUACUUGUCUAACAAAUUAAAGAAGAAAACAAAGAAAAACAUAACAUUACGUGAUUAAUCAACCAAGCUUAAUUAAUAACUGUAAGUCACUAAGAGAAUCUUGAACAAAAUGGGCAUUCAAGAUUUGCAAGUCUUUUUGGAUAGCAAUUAUGUACAAGGUGGAUCUGUACCCGUGGAUCUGUUAAAAAUAGCACGUACCAUUACGCAAAGACAACAUAAUCGCGUUGGUAAAGCACAACAGUUACAUUCUGGAAAAUUAAGACUAGUCCUUGAUGGAGAGUGCUGUUUAGAUAGAUUAUAUGGAGGAUACUUUUCAGAUUGGGCUUGUGGAGGACAGUGGAAUAGAAUGUUGCAAUUUUUAGCUGUUCUUAUACAAGCAACAGAAAUGUCAGGUUUAGAAUUAGCUGUAUUCUUUAAUGGAUGUUUCGAAUCUCCUAGACGUGCUGACUGGGUUCUAAAUCAAUUACAAGUACGAAUUAAAGUAAAUAAUGUGUUAAAACAUAUUUCAACCAAGGGAACUCCACCACCGAAAAUUUGGUGGACCCCACCAGUUUGUUUAAGGACUAGUCUACGUAUGGCCUUGCGGCAUUUAAAUGUUACAGUACUAUGUAGCAUGGACGAUCAUCAUCAAGAAGUAAUUGCAUAUUGUCGAGAGAACAGUUUUAACGGCUUAAUUGCUGACGAUGCGGAAUAUGCUGCGUUCGAUCCUCCACGAUAUUUCUCGUCUGAACAGUUAAAACUUACGUACAAAGGCUCUCUCGACACCAAGGAGUACAUUCUUCCGGAACUUUUAAAAGCUUUGAACAUCCCUUCUGAUAGAUUAUGCUUGUUAGCCGCGUUACUUGGAAAUUAUAUUUUAACUGAGCAAGACUUAACCGAUUUUUAUAAGAAACUGAAUGUCAAUACCAACCUAAACAAAGUAAACGUCGAACACACGAUUAAAACGAUUGCUAAUUUUGUUCGGGAUUUACCAUCUGUCGAAUUAGACGUAGUUUCGCAGAAGGUUUUUGGAUCUUUGUCAGAUCCGAGGUGUUCGAAAUUGAGGCAAUCAGUUCAGUACUAUAUAAAUGGAACUAAAGACGGAUUUUUGCAUUAUAAACCAGUAAAACCAAAUAGAGUACAUAAGUUGGACCCGAAGCAAAGCGUGCAACAGUCAAAUUUAUCCGAAACGCCGUCAACAUCGGAAGCCGACUCGAAUUUAGAAACUUCAAGAUUCGCGUCCGAAACUGUAGAAAGCGAACGCGAGAGUUUAAACGCAUAUAAGCAAGCUACUGCAAAUGCAAAGUCCGCGCCACAAAUUGUGAUAGAUCCACCGGGUAUCCAGGGCCAUGGAGACGAUAAUAUUAGGACAGAGGAAGAACAAAACAAUGGACACGCUAUAAAUGGUACACACAAUCUUCUAAUUAGUUCGUCCAGUUCGAGCAGUAGUUCUUCCGCUACGUCUCCAUCUCACGCGACAGCUGAUUCGUCGAAACAAGCGGAGAAAACGAUGACUAUUCCCAGCACGGUACCAGAAGUGAUGCGUACUGCAUCUGAACGACAUCAAAAAGGCUUAAUGUCUCCUCAUAUUUAUCAAAUUCUCAUUGCCGGAGAGAUCAAAUUGCCCGUUCUUCUCGAAGACGAAAAUCAUCGCGAAUUUCCAUCGAUCCACCUUAUUUACAGACCCGUCAGGCAAAUGGUAUACGCGAUACUAUUCAAUCUUCAUCACCGAAUGUAUUUAGCUGCUAAGAGUAAAGAGAAGGGAGAUAGUGAAAAAAUUGAAGUCCCAGAUGUUGUAAUAAAGGAGUGGGUAUGGUCCAAAUCGAAUCCAUAUCUGACUCCAGAACCUGUAAAGGCAGAACAAAUUGGUUGGGGCGUUCCUACGAUUCAACGUUUAUGGUUUGGCACGGGCAUAGAUGACAAACGUCGUCGUUUACGAGGAUUCCUGACUUGUAUGAAAUCAGAUACACCACUUAUGUUAAACACUUCCUAUGUACCGCAACACCUUUUAGUCAUGGCUUGUGUAUUAAGAUAUAUUAUGUCGUUUUCGGAUAAAAUAAAGGUUCUACGUCGUUGGGAAUUAGACGCCUUUAUUGCACAAGCAUUUUCGCCAGAGCUUAUGAACGCUCAGUAUUUACAAGAUCUUCAGCUUCCUUUAGUAACGUCACGCGGAGUCCAAUUAGCUACUUUAUUCAUGGCUGGUGUUGAAACUGCUCUCUUAGCUAACGAUGCCUGUGGUGCACCGAUUCCAUGGUUAAUGUGCUGCCCGUGGUUAUAUUUUGAUGGAAAACUAUUCCACCAUACAUUGGCUCGUGCUAGGAUUGCGAAAAACUUACUAGAACUCUGUGGUGGUCACAUAGAUCGUAUCGUGAAAGUCGAACGGAUGAAAAAAGCUAUUUUAGAGGGUACCAACGUUAUUUUCGCUCGGGCACCUCCAGUUGGCCCAGGUAUUCGCAUGUCAGUACCACAGAAUAUUCUGGCCGCCGGAUGUACAAUUAACGACGGCUUAAUGCGCGGGAGAGGUAACGGAACUAUGCCUCAACGUGGAUUAAUGCGUCGCCCUAUACCUUCCCGUGGUGGACAGUUAGAAAUUGCCGGGGUUGUUGUUGGACAAUGGGGUCCAAACUAUGGACAACCUGGCCGCUUACCUCAGCCUCUACAGGGACAUCCUCGCGGGCGGCUCCCGCCACAGGUGACUUCAAUUGGUGGUCUCAAAUAUGGUCUCCCUCGUGGUUUCACCCCCAUGGGCCGGCCCACGUUCCAAACUCGAGGGAACAACCGUACACAAAUCGCAGGUCGUGGAAAAAAAACGCAGAUGAAGAUAACUGGUAAAAAGAAAACUCCAGUUAAGAAGAACAAAGAAUGCGAAAACAAAAAAGACAGCAGGGGGCGAGGCAAUAACGUUGAUGGAAUAACUGAUUAUAAUGACUCGAUUCCAAAUAUGAACACAAUAAAAGACGCACUGCCAGUACCAGGCCAAUUUGAGGACGCUGUAGAAAAUGGCAAAGGAAUAGAAAAAGGGCAGGGCGACGCGUCGCUGGUCGCUCCAGUCGCCGCAGAGAAUUAGGUAUUUAUACAUCACAUUUAUAUCGACUUUUAGACACUCCCGGAUGUGACUCAAGACUGCAAUCAAAAGGAUUUUCUUAGAGAAAAAAACAAGUGUGUGUAAACGAGUAAUGAUGCGCCAAUGACAUUUGAAAGUUGCAUCAUAAUUAUUGCAUAUGACACAAUUACUUUUAAUCGUGCAGAAAAUUGUUUUUAUAAACGAAAAGAAAAAAAGGGGGUUUAGAGUUCUUUUUCAUGUACCUUUGCUCUUUAAGGAAAAAGAGGGAAGAGAGAGAGUGUGAAAAAAGAUGUAUACACAAAAUUGCCUUGAAUUUUCGCACAAUGAGGAUGAUGAGGAAGACUUUUCAAAUGUUACGCGCAGAAUCACUCAACAAUGUCUAAAGCUCUGAUGGGGCCAAACUAUUUAAACUAAUGUAGAAGAAAAAAAGCAUCGUUAACGCGAUGUCAAGAUAUUGUAAAACCACAAGGAUGUAGACCCAUUUCCGACGUACACGAUACGAUGUCCUCACUGCCAAACGUACCAUUCAGCGUGUAGGAUAAGAGCGAAAACGAACAUGAUUUAAGAAAAAAGAAGAAAAUAUUUAAAAAAACAAUGAAAUCGUGCUUGUGCUAACACGAGCGUGCUUUUAGACUAUUACUACUCCGCUCGGAUCACCAUAAGGAUGAACUCGACUGAUUAGUGUAUGCGUGCGCUAAUUUUACUAAGAACGAGAACAAGUCGUCAACUGCUAUAAGUAUUUAAUUCUUAAGAAGUGUGAUUAUUUUUUUUACAAUGAAAAUAUAUAUUUUCCGGUAUUAUAUGAAAUGCUCGCAUUGACAGUCUCAGUACUCUGAUCUCUAAUAAUUGUAGGCACAAGACAGAAAUCGCAUGCUCUAAGACAUCACAGACGGACGAAUGGACAAAAUUUGGACUGGAGUGUAUCACGAAUAGUUUUACUGAGUUUUGUAGAUAACGCGAGGCAGGAUACUGAGACAUUCAUUAGCAAAUGGAGACUGAUGCUUUUCAUAUAGGUAAAAUAUAUAUUUAUAUAUGAUUUAGAUUAGAAAUUCCCGAUAGAUUACAUAUUAUAUGUAAGUUGUGAAUGAUUGUGUAUGAAUAUGUGUGCAAUAGAGUGCGAGGUGCGUGGAGUCACUGUAUGUGAGAGAAUUACAUAAGCGCGAGAGAAUAUUGUUUUAUUUGUGUGUGUGCUUGCGUGCGUGCGUACAACGUGCGCUCGUGUGUAUGUGUGCGUGUGUGUGUGGACGUGCGUACGUGUGUAGUAUGUGUCAGAGAGAAAGAGGGAGAGGGAGAGGGAAUAUGUUGUAGACGCGUGACUGUGAGAAUGACAUAUAAAGAAACAUAAGAAAUGUAUAUAAAUGUGGAAUGUUAACGCGUGUCCGUUUACGUACACACGCGUGGUACAUAAGAAAAUGAACGCGCGUGUACGUGAGCGAAUUGAUAUAUUUAUUUGUUGUUGUGUCGGUGGAGAAACGAAUGAAUGACUUUUGAACGAAUUAUAAAUUUCCAUGUAUGAUAUGUACUCAUGGGCACACGGAGGGCUCAUUGCGAGAGUAAUCGGCUUGAAUUUUUAUAAAAUAGAAAGACGAGGUUCUCUGAAAGAGUUAUUCUUGCGGAGGUCUUCCGGUAUCGCUUGGGAAAUAUGCUACACUAUGCAUUAUUCUAAUUCUAUUACCAGGUUCGAUAGUACCUCAUUUAAUAACGUAAAAAGAAAGCAAUAACUAGUUGCGCCAUAGAGAAGUAUCUAUCUUUUAUGAUUCUAUUGAAGAAUCUAAACGUGUUGUCUUCUUUUUCAUUUUUAUUUCUUCUUCCUCUUAUUCCGGAUAAACAUUUUAGGUAUUGUUGCCUUUUGUAGCAUAUUUUCGGAAGCAUAUGUGUCCCUCCUUUAAUUGUACAUACGAAUAAUUUAGAAACAACAGCGUAAGGUUGGUGUACAUAAAAGAGGAGUCUGGUGGCUUUGCGCUUUUGUCGCGCAAAGAACCGGUUCAAAUUAGGAGAUCAUCAUGUUAAAAGAAGAAGAUGAAAAAUACUAUUUAUGUGUAGAAUAGUCGAAAAGACGUUCUACCAAAGAUCAUUGGAGUUUGAAGGGUAAGGUGGGUUCUUUUAUCAGUAAAGUAUGAUAAUACACAUAUGACAGAGAUACAAGACAGCACGACAGAACACGAUUAUUUAUGGAAUGGAAUGAAAACAUAAACAGAAAGAGUAGGUAAAAAUGGUGUGAAGAAAGGAUAUGCGUCUAAAAUGCAGAGGUAAUUUAAAUUGAGUAAAAGAGCGAACGAAAGCGAGAGAGAAAGCGAUUGUGAGAGAGAAAACCAUUUAUUGAAAUAAUAUAAUGAGAGAUAAGAUAAAAAUGUUAUAUUUUUGUAGAUUUGUUAUCGCGUAAAAAAAUGCAUUAAGACAAUGAGAAACUUUAUAUAAUUUGAGCGACGGUUGAAUUGAGCCUGUGAGAAUUAAAGCGAAUGACUAAGAUCAUAGGAAGAAAGUGUAUUGUACAGAGAAUGAAAAAGAGAUUUAAAGGAAAAAAAGCAUAGAGGAAAAAAUGAAAAAGUGCUUUAGAAGAGACGAUAGUAUAUUGAACAUGUUUGACAUCCGUGAUUUAAUAGAAAAUCUCAUUAAUUCUUCUGUGUCUCCGAAGCUCUCAAAGUUCUGAGUUGCUUGCAAACAAAGAAAAAAGCUAAAAAACAAAAAAAUAUAAAACGUGAAAAAUAGGAAGGAUAUUUAAAAAAAAGAAGAAACUAAAUGUCAGCUUCAAUAUAAACUAUACCAGUGUAUGCAUAUAAUAAACAGUUUUCUCAACGCGAUUUGAAAAAUAGGCUGAAGAUUACAAAAAAAAAAAAAUAA